AUGCACGUUUAACACAACCCCAGUUCAAAUAUCUAACCCUCAUUGGCCGAGGCUACAAAAUUCCAAACAAGGAAGUCUCGAUCCUAUAAAACAUUGAAACUGAUACAUGCGGGAAGUACGAAACGGUGCUUCGAACAGUAGAAACUGGGACUGAGUCUAACCUUCCUAUCCCACCUCCACAGCAGCUUUUGAUUGCCAUGCCAUCUGAAGCUGGUGAAUUCCCACUACUUGUCUUCGUCCAUGGUUACCUUCUCUCCAACUCAUUUUAUUCUCAGCUUAUCCAACACAUCGCUUCUCAUGGAUUCAUUGUCAUCGCCCCUAAGUUAUACACCGUGGCUGGACCAUCUGCAACUGUUGACAUUGACUCCACAGUGGCCACAACAAAUUGGUUACUCGAGGGACUCCAUUACUUGCUUCCACCGCAGGUUCAACCAAAUAUGAAAAAGCUAGGACUCGCUGGCCAUAGCCGUGGAGGCAAGGCCGCUUUUGCACUUGUUCUUGAAAAAGCAGCAACUUCUCUAAAGUUCUCUGCUCUAAUAGGCAUUGACCCAGUUGAUGGACUAGGCAAAGGUUGCCAGACCCCUCCGCCAGUACUCACCUAUGUUCCUCAUUCAUUUGACCUUGACAUGCCUGCAAUGGUCAUUGGUACUGAAUUGGGUGAAAUCGGAAAUACUCUUCUAUUUUGUGUUACUCUUCCUGCUCCUGCUCCUAAGGGAGUUAACCAUGAGGAUUUCUUCAAUGAAUGUCGGAAACCGGCUUGUCAUUUUUUUGUGAAGGACUAUGGCCAUUGUGAUAUGUUAGAUGACGAUAUCGGGUUGCUUGCUGGGAUAGCUAUAAAUAUUAUGUGUAAGAGUGGGAAGUCUAGGGAACCCAUGAGGAGGUUUGUUGGAGGAAUUGUUGUUGCAUUCAUGAAAGCCUAUCUGCUAGAUGAUAACAGUGACUUAAUGGCUAUAAGAGAUGGGCAGGAGACUGCACCGGUGGAGCUCAAAACUAUUGAAUUUCUUGAGUGAAUCGAAAUUUAAUUCUAGAGGCUGCCACAAGCGAAGAAUAGAUUUAAUGUUCUAUUAUUUAUAACAUGUGUGCUCUUGCAGAAAUUCAGAUCUAGAGUUUCAAUAAAACUACUAUUACUCUUUGAACAA